AUGCUCAGCCGCCCUUCCUCUCGCCUGCUAUCCCGCUCCCUCACCCUCCCGCACCGCCGUGCACUGGGCUCGACAUCCCCGCUGUCCGCAGUCUACCUCCUCCCACUCGACCCCCAAGCCCCGGCCGCGAACGGCCAGGCCCUCGCUGACGUGGACACUGCCCGACUCUGGUCCGCCGCCCCCAGGGCCGAGAAGCCAGCAAAGGCAGGGACAACCCACCUGUUCUACGCAACGCCCACCGCGGAAGACGUGACCGCACUCGCAUCGCUCGGAGGCUGCUUCGCGUCGACCGCUGGCGAUGAGAGGCGAGAGCUGGUUCGCAAGGCGGUCGGGAGUGCCGUGAAGCAGGUCUCUGCUCUUGGAGAGGGCGUCCAUGGACAGACCGUGCAUGUCGACGCCUCUGCGGACCCGCAUGCUGCAGCUGUCGCUGCGCACCUUGCGCUGUACGAGUUUACCCUCAAGACAGACCCUCCCUCCCCAUUCAACCCCCGUCUCACCCAACCGCUGCCCGACAAACUCGCGUUCGAACCGCUUGCCCAGUCUGAAGCCUGGAACGCAGGCGUCGUGUACGCAAUGUCACAGAAUCUCGCUCGGACACUGUCCGAAAUGCCCGGGAACAUGAUGACUCCAACGAUAUUCGCGGAAAGGAUCAAAUCCGAGUUUGCCGGGAUUCCCAACGUCAAUGUCAUCGUCCGGGAUGCGGCUUGGGCUGCUGAACAAAACAUGAAUACAUUCCUCUCGGUUGCGAAAGGAUCCUCGGAGCCGGCCAAAUUCCUAGAGAUGCAAGAUGUCAGGCCCAUUUUGUUUGUAGGCAAGGGCAUCACAUUUGAUUCGGGAGGAAUCUCGAUCAAGCCGUCUGCGGGUAUGAAGCUCAUGCGGGGUGACAUGGGCGGUGCCGCGGCUGUCUGCUCUGCCGCACUUGCGAUCGCGCAGCUUCGACUUCCCGUGAACCUGAAAGUUGUCGCGCCGUUGUCUGAGAACCUGCCUGGGCCGUCGGCCAUGAAGCCAGGAGACGUUGUCUACGCCAUGAACGGCAAGUCUGUAGAGAUUGACAACACCGACGCCGAGGGUCGGCUCGUUCUCGCAGACGCGCUGUACUAUGGCACGAGCGUGUUCCAGCCGCACACGGUCGUCGACGUCGCCACGCUCACCGGGGCGAUGCACGUCGCACUCGGCGAGGUCUUCACCGGCGUGUUCACGGUGCGUGCGCCUCCUCCCCUCCAGCCCGCCCGCCCCGCAGCUGAGACCCGCGCCGCGCCGCGCAGAACUCGGACAGCCUCUGGCACGCGCUGGACCGCGCCGGCGCGCGCGAGCACGACCCGUUCUGGCGGAUGCCGCUGA